GAGGAAAGUAAAGUGAGCGGCGGAGACAAGACAAGUUCAGUAUAUAAGCGGCUGCGGGCCCUUGAUGCUUCACUCCAACGAGCCGCUUCACCCCGACAUGUCUCUGAAGAUCGUUGCCCUGGCCUGCGUGGCUGUCUGCGUCCUGGGUGACCGCCGCCCUUCCUAUCACACCCCCGACCCCUACGCCCCUCCCCCUCCCCGCUAUGCCCCCCCGGCCUCUUACGGCAAGGAGCCCGAGCACCCAACAUCUCCUCCCAAGUACACGUACAACUACGGCGUGGCUGACGACUACUCCGGCGCUAACUUCGGCCACUCUGAGAGCCGCGACGGGUACAAGACCGAGGGCAGCUACACCGUGAACCUCCCCGACGGCCGCAAGCAGACCGUCACCUACGUGGACAACGGCGACGGGCUGGAGGCUGUGGUCACCUACGAGGGAGAGGCGCAGUACCCCGAGUACAAGCCUGAACCCAAGUACAAGCCGGAGCCCAAGUACAAGCCCGCCCCGGUGUAUAAGCCCGCCCCUGCCUACGGUGCCCCGCCCUCUUACCAGUAAACCCCGCAGCGGGUACCCACAGCCUCGCGUCAUCAGCCUCGCCAUGCCAGUCACAAGCCAGCCCCAAGAGUAUUUGAGCCAGGUACAAGCCACUUUGAACCCAGUCAUGAGAAGUCAGUUAAUAUUCACUUAGAGGCUCGUUACAGGUCAGUUACAAGGCAGAAUCAGGCUAGCUACGAAUCAGUAAGAAGCCAGUAUCAUGCUAUUCACAAGUCAUAAUUUAACCAGUAACAAGUCAGUGUUCACCAGUAACAAGCCUCAUAUAAACCACUCAGGCCCGGCGUACUCUCCAGGGACAUGCUGAUAAUAUAAGAUAACUUUACUUUUUUGCUUUGUAUUUAUUGUGCCAAAGCCACGGAUAAAUAAACAUGAAAGCGAACAUAAAAUAA